CUAACUUCUGUUAUACUCGUAUGAGGAUAUUUAUAAAUAUUUGACAAAUUACUUUACUGCAGUGUACAUCCCGUCGAUAUUUUACUAUUAUGACAGUUUCUUAUACUGCAGAGGUCAGUAGCAGUACCUCCGGACUAGGAUGUUUCCUCAAACUUUUGAAAAGGUGGAAAGGAAGCGUAUACAAAUUAGUAUGGAUAGAUUUACUCUUCUUCAUGACGAUAUAUUAUGUCUUGAAUAUAUCUUAUGUAUUUUUGAUGAAUCGUUUCUACAAAAGACAUUUUAGAGCAAUUGUGGAAUAUUGCGCAAAAAAUGGGAGUUUGAUACCUCUUAGUUUCUUCUUAGGAUUUUAUGUUAGUAUCGUGUACAAGAGAUGGUGGACCCAGUACACAUCUAUUCCAUGUCCAGAUAAUAUAGCAAUCUUGGUAGGAGCCAAUAUCAAGGGUAGGGACGAAAGAUCCAGGAUAUUCAGAAGAACAAUUGUAAGAUACAUCUGUGUGGCAUUUACCAUGACAUUAAGCUUGAUAUCACCGAAAGCUAAGAAACGUUUUCCGACGUUGAGGCAUUAUGUAGAAACUGGUCUGAUGUCAGAAAAUGAACAGAGAAUAAUUCAAAACAUUGAUAACGAGUAUCCCAACUACACAAAAUACUGGUUACCUUUAGCUUGGGCAGCGAACGUAACUACCAGAGCCAGACAUGAGGGGAUAAUCAAACAUGAUGUUGCUGUUAAUAAUAUAUUGAACGAAAUCAAUAUUUUCAGAAGCAAAUUGAGUUCUUUACUAGAUUAUGACUGGAUAAGUGUUCCACUAGUCUAUACCCAGGUGGUGACACUAACUGUGUAUAGUUAUUUUAUGCUUACGGUUAUCGGAAACCAAUUCCUAUCUAUGGAAGGUGAAGGUGUAUUCAUUUUCAGUUUGCCUAUAGUCCCAAUUUUAGAGUUCUUUUUUUACAUGGGUUGGUUGAAAGUUGCCGAGACACUUAUAAAUCCAUUUGGUGAAGAUGACGAUGAUUUUGAAGUUAUGUGGAUGAUUGAUAGGAAUGUGCAG